AUGCCGAAAACUUCAGUGUGGAAGUCUCGCGUCGGAACCCAAAUUUUGAUGGGUAAAAUCACCGAUAUCACUCAAAUCGGAAUCGACCGAAUUCCAUGCGCUCAAGUUCGAUGCCAAAUGAACGAGUUCAAUAUCUAUCUUAAAAAGUAUUUCGCCAGAUCUUUCGACUUCUGGGCACUAGACAGAACCUUAGUUGGAAAUAUUGGAGAUACAGUGCUGAUCAAACAAAUCGAUGGUUCAUCCCGCCCAAAAGCCAACGUCUCCCAUAUGGUCGACCGCGUCGUUUUCAAAUUCGGAAACGUUGUCGACCCAGUCACCGGCCGCAAGAUUUUCAACGAUACGUUCGCCGAUGAGAUCGAUUUGAAGAAAGUUUUGGUGGAAGAAGUGGUUGACAAACCGUUGGAAGAGGAAUCAAUGUUGUUUGAGGAGAGAAGAGCGCUGCAAAUCAGACGAUUGGAGCAGGAGAAGGAGGCCAAUGUGUAG